CUAAUUUCCAGCAGAAGAAAAUGAAUGGCUUAUCCAUCAGCGAGUUGUGCGGCCUGUUCUGUUGCCCGCCCUGUCCGAGCCGGAUUGCAGCGAAGCUGGCCUUCCUGCCCCCGGAGCCCACCUACACUCUUCUGCCAGACCUGGAGUCCACCUCACCUGUGACCUCUAACCUUGGAGCCCCAGGUUUGCGCUCCCGAUUGGCUGGAGGUGCUGGUGGAGGAGGAGGAGGUGGUGGUUUUGGUGACAGAAGUGGAGAAGGCCGAUGGAAGCUGCACCUCUCUGAGCGAGCGGAGUUCCAGUACUCCCAGAGGGAGCUGGAUGGAACCGAGGUCUUUCUCACUCACUCCAGCCGUGGCAACAGAGUGGGAUGCAUGUACAUCCGCUGUGCCCCAUCCGCAAGGUACACUGUGCUCUUUUCUCAUGGUAACGCUGUGGAUCUCGGUCAGAUGAGCAGCUUCUACAUCGGUCUGGGCACUCGUAUCAACUGCAACAUCUUCUCUUAUGAUUAUUCUGGUUAUGGGGUCAGUACAGGGAAACCCUCGGAGAAAAAUCUGUAUGCAGACAUAGAUGCUGCGUGGCACGCUUUGCGCUCAAGGUAUUGCAUCAGCCCUGAGAAUAUAAUCCUUUAUGGGCAGAGCAUUGGUACCGUGCCCACCGUGGACCUGGCGUCCCGUUAUGAGUGUGCUGCCGUGGUACUUCACUCACCCCUCACCUCAGGGAUGAGGGUGGCAUUCCCUGACACCAAGAAGACGUACUGCUUUGAUGCCUUCCCAAACAUUGAGAAGGUGUCUAAAAUCACAUCUCCGGUGCUGAUCAUCCACGGGACGGAGGAUGAAGUGAUUGAUUUCUCUCAUGGUCUGGCCCUGUUUGAGCGCUGCCCGAAGGCUGUGGAGCCGUUGUGGGUGGAAGGAGCCGGGCACAACGACAUCGAGCUCUACAGCCAGUACCUGGAACGCCUGCGCCGAUUCAUCAGCCAGGAAGUGGCUGCACAGUAAAUGCACCCUUCAUUACGCUCAUGUCAACAAAUCGUCGACGUAUAUGGAAAGCAAACAAACAGAAUCUGGUUCUGGAGGGUUUGUUCUUCUGUAAACUUUCGACUUUUACAUUUCUAUCAGCCUGGAGCUGAGUUUGCUACUGAGAAGACCCCUUGACUUCACACCCAAAAGAUCUGAAUGUGUGAGCGUCCGCGUCGGUUUCAGGACCUCAGUUCGUCUGAGGCACUCGCAGUUGAUUUGGCUUGUGAUUUAUGUGACCAGGACAAAUGAAAUGCCAUUUGAACAGGACUGAUAUCUUAUAUCUUUAUGAAGCUCUUGUGGGUGUUUAUGUACUUUCUCUUUUGUUAGUUCUCGUUGGUAAGCAUAAGACCAGUCUGUUUUAAAAUACAGCAUCAUCACUUUUCAGACAAGAACUCUCUGCUGGACAGAUGUGUGUGUGUGUGUGUAUUCAAUAUUUUUUUUAGACCAUCUGCUGUGUGUAUGAAUGUGGUUUCAUUGAAACCUUUUUUCUGAUGAACUGAUCUUCAUCAGGCAUCUCGAGAUACACUACCAGUCAAAAGUUUGGACACACUGAGUUUGAUUUUCAUGAUCUUAAAAAACUUUUGAUCUAAAGCCUUCUGCUUAAAUGCUUAAAGGGUUAGUUCACCCAAAAAUUAAAAUUCUGGCAUUAAUUAC